AUGGUGCAAUCCUGUUCUGCCUACGGCUGUAAGAACCGCUAUGACAAGGAUAAACCCAUCUCCUUUCACAAGUUUCCACUGACUAGACCUCUCCUGUGUAAGAAAUGGGAAGCUGCAGUUAGGAGGGCAGACUUUAAGCCUACUAAAUAUAGUAGUAUCUGCUCUGACCACUUCACGCCAGAUUGCUUUAAAAGAGCCUGCAAUAAUAAACUUCUGAAGGACAACGCAGUUCCAACUGUGUUCUCUUACACAGAGAAGCCAUCAAGUGCGAACUCUGUGAAAAAGGAGGAGCAAAAUACACCUCCACCUCCUUCUGUUCCUGAGUUGGACCCUGCCAUUGGAUUAUUGCUGCCACCUCCAUACACGCCCAGUCAUAUAGCAGUGAUCUGUGAUCACAAUUACACAGUAGAAGAUACAGUUCAUCAGAGAAGGAGGAUACAACAGUUGGAAGAGCAGGUUGACAAACUCAGGAAAAAGCUCCGAAUUGCAAAUCAGAGGUGCAGGAGACAAGAACGCAGCCUGGAAAAACUUGAAAAAGAAGUUUCUGAUUACAGAAAUGGAGCUGGUAUCGUGCUUCUCCCCAGCAAUUAUUUUGAACUUUAUAAUGAAAGUGAAACUGAAGCAACUGAAACCCAAACAAUUAUCAUCUGA